AUGUUGGACAAGUUAACCAUUAAAUUGGAGAAAGAUACAUCUUCCUGGGAAACACCGAUAAUCAUAGGGACAAAAACUGCGAGCGGCAGGAGGAGGCGAAGCCUCCCGCCGCAAAAACAAUGUCAGCUCGAUCUGGACUACUUGGAAAGGAGAGGAAGCGAGACAAUAACUUGUGAAAACGCCGAAAGUGGAUCGAAAGAGGAAGAAAGCCCCGCAGACACUCUGGAUCGUGUCAAAGUCGUGUUUCUCGGUGCACCUAGGGUGGGAAAGUCCAGCAUAAUUAGGCAAUUCGUGUGGAGCGAAUUCUGCGAAGAAUACAAACCGACCGAGCGUAGAGAGACUUUCUAUCCGAGUGUAGUACUCGCCGAUCGUUUGUACGAACUGAAAAUCACAGACCUACCAAUGAUCCCGUAUUUUCCGGUCAGCUCACACCUCGAAUGGACGGAUUUUCGUUAUUACGGACUACGAAGUGCAAAUGCUUACGUUCUCGUGUUCGAUCUCAGCAAUCAGGACACGUUUCAGUAUAUUAGAACGUUACGAGAACAAAUCUACGAGGCACGAGACAUGAGGGGUGUACCGUUAUUGGUAGUCGGGAACAAGCAGGACGAAUUGUCGCCUGCGGCUGCUUCCGCAUCUCGCUACAGGGACAUCGUUAAUCUUGUUCGAAAGCACUGGCGAUGCGGCUAUGUCGAAUGUAGCGCCAGAUUCAACUGCCGUGUUGUACAGGUAUUCCGUGAAUUAAUGAAGAGUAUCCAAGCUGUAGAAGGUAGACCACCUUCUCCUACACCAGCACCCUCGCAACCUUUACGUUCUCACCCGCCCGACACCAGCGAAAAAUGUAUUCUUCUCUGACAUUGAAGCCGGAAAAUCAACGUACUCGACCUCUGUGACCACAUCAUCAAAAGAAGUUGCUUU